AUGGGCAACCAUUGUCUGACUGGAUUAAAGAUUGCCAAAGCCAGUCCUGCUAUUUUCCACUUGUUUUUUGCAGAUGACACCCUUAUCUUCUGUAGAGCCAGCAUUAAGGAGUCUGAACAAGUGAAGAGGAUCUUGGAGUUCAAAAACACUGAGGAAAGCAAUAAGGCAGAGAUCCUCAGAAUAUUGGGGGGAAUGAAGCAGGUGGACCAGAGUAAGUAUCUUGGGCUACCAAUGGUGAUUGGCAGAUCUAAAAGACAAGUCUUCAAUUAUAUCAAGGAAAGAGUGAUGGGGAAGAUCAAAGGGUGGAAAGAAAAGCUGUUGAGCAAAGCUGGGAAGGAAGUGCUGCUAAAGUCUGUGAUACUAGCAAUGCCUGCCUAUGCUAUGAGUUGCUGCAGGCUGCCUAAGAGCUUAUGUCAGGACAUAAGUGGAGAAAUGGCUCGCUUUUGGUGGGGGGAGAGUGAGGGGAAGAGAAAGACUCAUUGGGUGGGGUGGGGAAAGUUGGCUGAAAUAAAAGGGAAAGGAGGCUUAGGCUUUAGGGACUUGCUGGAUUUUAAUAAUGCCAUGCUGGCUAAGAUGUUAUGGAGAAUUCUGACACAACCCAAUCUGUUAUUAAGCAAGGUGUUAAAGGGGAAAUACUUCAAAGGGGAAGCAAUUUGGAAGACACAGAUAAAGGCAGGGGACUCUUGGAUAUGGAAGAGCAUUAUGAGUGCAAGGGAGGUGAUGGAAAGAGGUAUUAGGAAGAGAGUUGGAGAUGGCACAACUGUGGAUAUCUGGAAAGAUAGGUGGAUUCCAGGUGAAGGUACGGGUAUGGUGGCCACUCCAAUGCCUGCAGGCUGUAAUAUCCUAAAGGUACAUGAACUAAUUCAGAACGGAAAGUGGAACAGAGCAAUGAUGGAAACUCUACUUAGUGAGAAAGACUGCAGAAAGAUAGAAGAAAUUCCAAUUAGCUUAUGUGCAGGGAAGGAUAAGUUGGUGUGGCCAUUUACAAAAUCUGGGCAGCAUGCUGAAAAUAUAUGGAAGGCAGCUCCAAUUGAUUGGGAUGGGCUUAAAGAGUUUAGGCAUAGUUUUUGGCAUUGGUGGAAUAGCUUGAUGGAUGCACAAGACAGAAUAGAAAGGAGGAACCACAUUGCUUUGAUUGUGAAUAUACUUUGGCAGAUAUGGAAAUCAAGGAACCAAGUACAGUUCAAUGAGAUGAGCAACUGCCCAGGGAGAACAGCAGGUAAAGCUGUGCAGGAGUGGGCUGAAUAUAAUGAGGUGAGGAAUAGGGCUGAUAAUAAGGAGGAUAGGAGGAUUGGGUGGGGAGUAGUGGCUAGAAGGGAGGAUGGGGAGAUUGUAGGGGCUUGGGCAGGGGGGGAGAGCAGAAAUGGUAUCCCAACAGUUGAGGAGGCCUUAGCUAUCAGAAAAGCUGUGAUAAAGGCUAAACUAUGUGGCUGGAACAAAGUAGAGAUACAAUCUGAUUGUAAAUUGCUGGUGGACAAGCUCAGGGGGAGGGAUAUGGAUGAUCCAGUCACGGGGACUAUUUUACAUGAUGUUCUGAUUUUAAGCCAAGGUUUUGUUACGUGUCAGUUCUCUUUUGUUAAAAGAGGGGGCAAUUGUGUGGCUCAUAAGCUGGCAAAAUUUGCCAUAAACUUGUAUGAUGAAAUUAGUUGGAAGGAUUCCUUUCCAAUUUGGCUUAAUUGUUUAGCCAAAAAUGAUGUAGGAGCAGUUGCUCCAACAAUGGAACCUACUGAGCAGGAUACUAAGCAUGCAAUGGAAACUAAGGCAUUUUUUGAUUUUAUAGAUCUUGGUAUGCUAAAGAAAAUAAUGAAGUCAAGCAGACACAUUUCUGAAUAUGGCAGCGAAGAGUAUAACGGAAUUAAAAGGGUGAGACUUGAGAUUGCUCUAAUGUUCGGAUAUCUAACGAUUUAUGUUGAAGAAGAGAAUAAUCAGGCAGGGGCUACGGAAGCAGCAAUAGAAAUAGUAACUCUUUUAGUAGCAUUUUUGGAAGAUUUAUAUGUGCUGUGUGAAAGAGAUAUAGAUGUAGGGGCUGUUCAGUGA